UCUUGUUUUGCGACACACCUCCCUAAAACCUCCGUUGGGAGAAGACCAAAAGAGGGAAAAUCUCAGCUCUCCCUUUCUUCGUCUGUUGAAAACCCUAGAUUGCAAUUUCUUCAUCCGUUAAGUGAAGAUUGGUUUCUGGUUGUGUCGUGUAUGAUUCACUGACUGAUAAGUUCUGCGCAAGUCAACAAGUCACAGUAUUAAAUUAGGGAAUAUGGGUCGUCGCCCCGAGCCUUGCAUCCUUUUUGCGCAAACCUUUGUUCAUCCUCAGCUGGAUGAGUAUGUGGAUGAGGUAUUGUUCGCGGAACCAAUAGUUGUAACGGCUUGUGAGUUUCUUGAGCAGAAUGCAACCGUGUCUACUCCUUCCGUAUCACUUGUUGGGGCAACAUCGCCUCCUUCAUUUGCGAUGGAAGUUUUUGUUCAUUGUGAAGGGGAGUCACGGUUUAGACGUCUUUGCCAACCAUUCCUUUAUUCUCAUUCUUCAUCUAAUGUCUUGGAAGUUGAGGCUGUGAUAACAAAUCAUUUGGUAGUGAGGGGCUGCUAUCGUAGUCUAACACUGAUAAUUUAUGGGAACACAGCCGAAGAUCUUGGACAAUUUAAUAUAGAGUUUGAUUUGGAUAACUCUUUGGUGAGCGUGGCACCGUCACCUUCAGAGGGAAGGCUUGAAGAUCUCCCUCCUGCAUUACUUUCUGAGAAGAUAACAUUUGAGGAGUCAAUAUUGUCGACAAAAUGCUUCUCUCUUCCUGUGCCUGAUCUGGAUCUAUCAUCUGAAAUGAAGCAGUUUCUGAGACUGACUCUUUCUAUAUGCCAGAUAUCUGAUGAUGUGGAUACUAUUCAUAAAGUUGCAAGGCCUGUUGUCUCAGCAAUCUGUUCAUAUAUUACUAGUGAUUAUAAAUGUAUGGUAUUCAAUGGGGACCAGCUGAAGCCUGGUUAUGCAGACAGAAAAAAGGAUCCCCAAAAAAUAGUUUCUGUUCUUGCUGAGGCCAAAAAUGAGCUUGUUCAACUCUACGAGUCUCUUCAACUGUUACCAGGGAAUGAGCACAUGUUGACGGAGGAUAUUAUUUUUGAACCAGUUUCUGAUUUGAUGACAUCACAGCUCUUAGUUGAUAUGUUGUUCCAUUGUUUUCCUUCUCUCUUGAAACCUACAUCCAUUGACCUUCACGCGCCUUUUCAGAACGAGAUCCUGAUUUUAGGGUUAAGUACCAUUCUCCUCUUGUGCACAUCAAGAGAGAGCUGCUUUCAUUUUGUUAACUGUGGUGGAAUGAAGCAACUUGCUGCAUUGCUUGGUCAUAUGUUGCAUGGAUCAACAGCUUUUACACUGGUGUUGCUUGGUGCUCUGGAGAAUGCUACACAACAUGCAAUUGGAUGUGAAGGAUUCUUGGGAUGGUGGCCCCGAGUAGAUGAGAAUGUUCCUAGUGCUAAGAGUGAAGGUUAUUCCAAUUUACUAAAUCUUUUACUCACAAAGCAGAGGCAUGUUGUUGCUUCCCUUGCUACCUGUAUUCUGCAACGUUUGCGUUUAUAUGAAUCUGCCUCUAGGUACGAGUGUGCAGUCUUAUCUACAAUGGCAUCCUCUGCUGAGGAUGGACUUACUACUGAUAAAAUAGAUCUUCUUCUCUCAGCUUCUUCUCAUCUCAAACAAAUAGUGAAGUUGUUGAAUUUAUGUGGACCUAUUGAAGAUCCUUCACCUGCAGCUUUCACAAGAAGAUCAAUGCUUCCUGUUACAUCAGAUGGACUAUUAUCUUACAGAACAACUGCCAGUUAUAUUUCCUUGUCUAAAUACAGCUUUUCGAAAUGGGAUAUCAAUACACAUUUGUUAUCCCUUCUCAUGGAAAGAGGGUUUUUCCCUUUGUCUGCUGCUUUGCUGUCAUCUCCUUUAUUGCAUUCAGUCAAUGGGAGUAGAACAGAUAUCUUUGUGGACAUCGCUACAUCUAUUCAGUCAUUGCUUCUUUCUCUUCUUUCCUGUCGAUCAGGUUUGACUUUCUUACUGCUUCAACCGGAAGCUACAGCAACAUUAGUUCUUUCUCUUCAAGGUGCUGAAGGCAAGUGCACAGCAGAAUGCUUGACUCUUCGGCAGGCGGCUAUUUUAAUGUCAAAGGGAUUCUUUUGUCAUCCUCAGGAAAUUGCAAUGAUUAUGGAAAUCCAUCUCAGAGUGGGAAAUGCUAUUGACCGCUUGCUUACAAUAACUCCUCACUCCGAUGAACUCUUAUGGGUUCUGUGGGACCUCUGUACCAUUUCAAGGUCGGAAUGUGGCCGCCAAGCCUUGUUGUCUCUUUGCUAUUUUCCUGAGGCAUUGUCAGUGCUGAUAGAAGCAUUGCAUUCAUUCAAAGAUUUAGAGAAAAUUGCUACUGAUGAUGGAGCUUCACCACUAAGUCUUGCCACCUUCCAUUCAGCUGCGGAAAUUUUUGAAGUCAUUGUCACAGAUUCAACUGCAUCAUCUCUCAAUUCCUGGAUUGGACAUGCUGUUGAUCUGCACAAGGCAUUACACUUGUCUUCCCCUGGGUCCAACCGAAAAGAUGCUCCUACAAGGUUGUUGGAAUGGAUUGAUGCAGGUGUAGUUUAUCAUAGAAAUGGGGUGGUUGGACUUCUUCGAUAUGCAGCUAUUUUGGCUUCUGGUGGAGAUGCUCACUUGAGUUCAACAAGUGUUCUUGUGUCAGAGUCAAUGGAUGUUGAAAACGUUGUUGGGGAUUCAACAAAUGCUUCAGAUACUCAGAUUUUGGAUUCUCUUCUUGGGAAGCUUGUUUCUGACAAAUAUUUCGAUGGUGUUACUCUUGGGAGUUCUUCUAUUGUUCAGCUAACUACUGCUGUUCGAAUUUUGUCAUUCAUUUCAGAAAAUUCUGCUAUGUCUGCAUCGCUUUUUGAGGAGGGUGCCAUGACCCUAGUAUAUGUGGUUCUGAUCAACUGUAAAUAUAUGCUUGAACAGUCAUCUAAUACUUAUGAUUAUCUGGUGGAUGAAGGAGCAGAAUGCAACUCUACGUCAGAAUUGCUACUGGAAAGAAUUAAUGAACAGAACCUUGUAGACCUUAUGAUUCCCUCUCUUGCAUUAUUGAUCAAUCUUCUGCGGAAAUUACAUAACACAAAGACAAAGGAACCAUAUAGAAACAAGAAGUUAGUUAAUGCUCUUCUGGGAUUGCAUAGAGAAGUGAGUCCAAAAUUAGCAGCAUGUGCAACUGACUAUUCCUCCGCAUAUCCAAGUCUCGUGCUUGGAUUUGGUGCUGUCUGUCACCUUAUUGCGUCUGCAUUAGCCUACUGGGGUGUGUGUAACUGGACACCUGGCCUAUUUCAUUGUCUUCUUGGAAGUGUUCCAGCAAGUGCAUCAUUGGCAUUGGGCCCAAAGGAUGCCUGCAGCAUGUUGCAUCUUUUGGCUGGUCUUUUACCAGACGAAGGUAUAUGGCUUUGGUGUGACGGAAUGCCUCCUCUCUGUGCUCUUAAAACUCUGAGCAUUGGGACGAUAUUAGGGCCUGAAGCUGAGGGAUACAUUGACUGGUUUUUACAGCCAGAUUACUUGAAUAUGUUGCUUGUAAAACUGACAUCUCAACUUAGUAGAAUUGGACAUAUUAUACUGAAUUUUGCCUUCAGUACGUUGGUAGUCAUACAAGACAUGCUUCGAGUUUUCAUAAUUCGCAUUGCCUGCCAGAGACCUGAAUAUGCGGACGUCCUGCUGCAGCCACUGAUUUUAUGGAUCAAGAAUCAUAUGAGUGAAACAUCUCUGUCUGAAGUAGAUAGCUUCAAGGUGUAUAGGUUGCUUACUUUUCUUGCUAGUUUGUUGGAGCAUCCACGUGCCAAGAUACUAUUAUGCAAGGCGGACACUAUCAGAACUCUGGUUAAUGUAGUCAAGAGAUGUAAUGAUGCAUAUAGCUCAGGCAGUGAGUUGGUUCUAGAGAAUAGAGUGCCUGGUAAAAUCGUAUCUUCCCUGCUUAGUUGGAGUAUACCUGUCUUCAAGUCUUUGGCUUUGAUUUUUGAUCCCCGAACAUCUGUUCCGUACUCCGAAAAGUAUGGCAUUGACGAUAUCAGUAUUGAAGUUAGUACCACAAUUGGACGCCAACUUCUGAGAUCAUGCCAGGUUCUGCCAGUUGGAAAGGAACUCUUAGCAUGUCUUUUGACCUUGAAAGAAUUCACGUGUUCAUUUCAAGGUAGAACAGCUCUUUUUUCUAUUUUUAGGAAGUACCAACCUUCAGCACGGCAGGAUCAUGGUGAGACUGAAAAAGAAUUGGACAUGAACAUUCCUGAUGAGUGCAAUUGGAGACAGUUUCCUCCCUUCUUAUGUUGCUGGAAGAUGUUGUCUGGUUACCUGAACUCCAGGGAUGAUUCCAUGAACUAUAUCAUCGAAGCAGUAUAUGCUUUAACUUUGAGUGCAUUGCACCUUAGCAUAGGAAGUGAAAGUUUGGAGGGCAUUUCGAUGAUAAAGUUCCUUUUUGGGCUUCCGUAUGGUCAGGAUGUUACUUCGAUGCCUCCAGAUGGGAUGCUGAAAGAUGUACUUGAAUUGUUAACUCUAUUAAACGAUAGAACUGCUGAUGAUAGUUUACCCGCACUUAGGAUCAAUUUACUUAAGGCUAAAGAAUCAGUCAAAUCAUUGUUGCUGUUGCUGCAGGGAUCUUCGAUCCCAUUUUCUAAAUCUGAAGAUUUAACUUCAAGAGAAGGGUCUUGUACAUUGAGUCACGAAGACUAUGAGCAGACUGCAUCACAGUUAAUGUUAACUGAAACAUUGUGUUCAAGUGAUGAUGAAACCUCAUUUUCACAUAUUUGGAAGUCGAUAGAAAAUGCCGAAAGUGACAAUAGCAUCUUUCCAAUAGGAAGUCUUGGCGACAAGUUCAUGUGGGAGUGCCCUGAUACUUCACCAGACAGACAACUCAUGGCAGCUCCACCAGGAAAGAGGAAAAUGGCAUCAACAGAGAUUUCUGGUAAACGUGUAAGAGAGAGUCCAGGGUCCGAGGUUGUUGGCUCAAAUGCUUUUUCUCGAGGGCUCAGCACUCCUGCUAUUUCAUCUGCGCCUAGUCGUAGAGAUACAUUUCGACAGCGCAAGCCCAACACGAGCAGACCACCUUCCAUGCAUGUUGAUGACUAUGUUGCGCGAGAGAGAAAUAUUGAUGGUGUGAGCGGUGGGUCACAUGUCAUAAGCUCUUCUCAGCGUGGUGGAUCAACUAGUGGCAGGCCCCCUUCUGUUCAUGUGGAUGAAUUUGAGGCUAGACAGAGGGAACGCCAAAAUCCCACUUAUGUGACAGUUGGGGAGAAACCACAGCAGUUGAAAGCUGAUCUUGAUGAUGAUCUUCAUGAAAUUGAUAUUGUAUUUGAUGAGGAGUCGGGAUCAGAUGAUAAGCUUCCAUUUCCCCAUCCUGACGACAACCUGCAAUCUGCUUCAGUUGUCGUUGGAGAAAGUUCGCCAGGAUCUGUGGUUGAGGAGACUGAAGGCAAUGCAAACGAGGAUUCUCUUGCAUUUGAAGAUGUAGAUUCUCAUCCUAAGACUCCUCUGGAAAGGUCGGGUAGUAGUCAGCAAGACAUACCGAAGGAAGGGAGCAUUUCUUCAGAGAAGAAUCAUCGAGUGUCAUCUAUGGACAAAAAGGCAUUCUUUUCUCAGCAGUGUGAGGAACCAAAGUCUGUGCCACCGGUUUUGAUUUCCGAAAGACAUGAUGGCCUUACACCAGGAAAUCUCAAUCCCCUUCCCCCACACCCAUUAAAUGUUAGUUCAACAGCAUCUAUGCAGCAAAUGCCACCGCCUACUUUUCACCAGAGGGACAGUCCUAAAAGAGUUAAUACUUCUCUAGGUUCUGGAUCUCAAGGAUAUUAUGGGCAUAAGUUUACCAGUACUCAACCGCCUUUACCUCCAACACCACCACCCAGUAUUUCUAUCACGUCACUGCAAACAACUGAAUCUAUACAUGGAAUCUCAUCACAUCAUGUCCAGAGAGAUACACAAACCCCACCAUUUCCAGGAUAUCCCUUCCAAUCUUUUAAUGCCAGUGGUGCAAUGGGUCUCCAUGUUCAGUCAGGUAGUUUAUCUUCCACAGUUAACAGUCCUCAAGUGUCGCUUAUGAAUGCUCAACUUGUAUCGGAUAACAAAUACUUGUGGAAUACAGAUUCCCCUGGAAGUAGAUUGCAGGUUGAGAAUUAUACUUCUGGUGGUUCGCGACCAUUGCCACCACUCCCUCCGACACCACCACCAUUCUCCACCCCAAUGGCUCAAUCAUCCUUACCAAGUUCUGGCUCCCAAUCAUCAUUGCAUGCGCAGAUUAUAAGCAGCGGAAGCCAGCUUUCAUCACUUUCUGCAUCGAUUAAUGAUUCCCAAUUAGGAACAUUCUCUGCUUCUGGACCGACCCUUACUUCCUUCUCGCUACCUCCAUUUUCACCGUCAUUGCUAAUCAGUAGACCUCCUGUUUCUGGAAAUAUAUUUAGCUCGCCAAUGCAGCAACAUGGACAAAUCCCGUCUAAUAUUUCACUGUCUAUGCCUAGUCCUCAGCAUCCCCUCCAGUCAGUUCAAUCCCAACCGCCGCCACCACCUCCACCACAACCCCCUCGUCCUCAUCCUUCUCAGAACCUUGGCUUUCCUAUUCAAAUGCCUCAACCACAGUUUGAACAGGUGCUACCGAUGCAGCAAAACUCUGUUCAAGUUCAGAUGCAGCCCUUGCAGAUGCAGCAGCAAAUUCAUAUUCCACAAAUACAACUCCUUUAUCAGCAACAUCAGCAAGAGCAUCUUCCACAACCCCCUCAGCCACCUCUUGCACAGACUCAACAGAACCUACAAGCAGAUAAUGAUCCAGGAAUAACAUUGCAGCAGUUUUUUUCUUCUCCAGAGGCCAUUCAGUCUUUGUUGAGUGAUCGAGAUAAGCUUUGCCAACUUUUGGAGCAGCACCCAAAGCUAAUGCAGAUGCUUCAGGAGCGCCUGGGCCAAAUGUAGCUAUGGGAAACCAGCCGAAGGCAUUGAUUCCUUUUGUUUACAUCUGAGUUAAAUCAUACAACAGAUUACGUCAACCAGGGGAUCUAAUCCCAUAAAUUUAGAGAUUACGUCUAUUAGUGCUACAGAUUGCACCAAAUUGAGAAUUGAGAAAUGACUUGCGUGUUAAUGUUGCACAUCAGAGCGGCCUGUAAUUCUUCAAUAUCAAGGCAACGGGAGUGCAACUGCUCGGCAUUUUUGUCUUACUGUAUUUGUAUAUUAUUUGUUGUACAAUUCAUCAUAGUACAUGUAACAUUAAGGUGCGAUUAAAUUCUCAGCUUCUGUUGCGUAAUUUUGAGAAUGUGUUAUUUCCGGCUUUGUUCCCCCAUCUUGCUUUAUUAUUAUUAUUUCCUGUUUUUCU